CUCCCCUUCUGUUUCGGCACCUCUUCUCUCCGCGUCAGCUACCAUUCCGGGAAUGGUAGCUGAGUGACAAUGCAUAGAAACUCUCAAAGAAGUUAUCUAGAAGCUGCCCUGAAAGGGCAGAUGAUGCCAAGCAUUGCUCAUCGUCCACCAGCACCAAUUACACCCAGAGCUUUGCCUUCGGGAAAAUCUGUUCCUUAUUGUACUGUUCCUCUGGACAUCCAUAUUGUGGAGCUUUAUCGGUCUUUUGGACGGUUUGGAUUUAUACUACAGAUGCGAAUCAAACGUAAAACUCUACAGCACCGCAAAGAAGUUAAUGUGUUCUAUGAGCAUCCCACUUCAGAACAGAGGCUUCUUCAAGGUUCACCAGUUCUAAUCGACGGAAUGCCCGUUGUUAUUGAGCUUAAGAAGCCGUUCCUAUAUUAUUAGGGGGGGCACAAAUGAAUAUUUCAGUAUGUUUGAUUGGAGCUCUUUUGUAGAGGACUUGAUCACCAUGUUGGUUGUUAAACUUUUCGUUUUUGACUAAAAAUGGUUCUUAAAC